CUUCUCAAUUUUCAACCAGGCAGGCCAACCACUAUUUACUUCUCUCUCUACGUAUUCAAUUGGAGCUCUGAAUCUGUUCUUGAUUAUAACUGAUCGGUGGAUCUGGAAGUGAAUUCUGUAGCUAAAACCGUUUCUAUCAACUGCUGAUUCAACUAUUAGGUUUGAAAUUGAUAUAAAUUAUGGAGUUCUUGUAGUUUAAUCGAUGGAGAGGGAGGAAGAUAGAGAUUGUAGUGUCGUUGGCAUUGGUAAUAAGAGCAGCAACGGCGGCGGUGGUGGCGGCGGCGGCGGUGGUGAUAGUUUCAUCGACCGUAGCAGAGUGAAGAUUUUGUUGUGCGAUAAUGAUUCAAACAGUACUGAUGAGGUGUUUAGUCUUCUGUGUAAAUGCUCUUACCAAGUGAUUACUGUGAAAUCAGCUAGGCAGGUGAUUGAUGCAUUGAAUGCUGAGGGUCCUGAGAUUGAUAUUAUUUUAUCUGAGGUUGAUCUUCCAAUGGCUAAAGGGUUGAAGAUGUUGAAAUACAUCAUGAGGGAUAAAGAUUGGCGACGGAUUCCUGUCAUAAUGAUGUCGGCGCAAGAUGAAGUCCCUGUUGUUGUUAAAUGUUUGAGGCUUGGAGCUGCUGACUAUUUGGUUAAGCCUUUACGCAUUAAUGAAUUAUUGAACCUUUGGACACAUAUGUGGAGAAGGCGGCGAAUGAUUGGACUCGCAGAGAAAAACAUUCUGAAUUGUGAUUUUGAUCUUGUGGCAUCAGAUCCUAGUGAUGCUAAUACAAAUAGCACAACUCUAUUUUCAGAUGACACAGAUGAAAAGUGUGGCAGGAUUGCGAAUUUAGAUAUCCCAACUCAACACGAAGAUGAGGUGAUCGGUACAGAGCGCUAUAAGCCUAAUGCCGCCUCUACUGCUGCUACUACUUCUACUAUAGAGCCUUUGCCAGUCAAUUUGAGGGACUGCCAACCUGAUGUACCAGGAAUCAGUGACCAACGAACAGGACGAUUCUCUUCGUAUCCAAAGAAAAGUGAGCUGCGGAUAGGCGAGUCAUCUGCCUUCUUCACAUAUGUUAAAUCAAACCCACCCAAAGUAGAUAAUCCUCCUCAAGUAAUAGUAGUCCCUUCGGCUAUUGAUCACAUGAAUGCUCCAACAGUUCCAUCACACGACAAGAUAGUAGUAGAAGAGGGGCUAGAGAGCCAUUCACAACCAGACGACUUGCCAAGUAGUGGUGGCAGUUAUCCCGAUUCAGUUUCUCUCGAGAGAUCACCCACCCCAAUAUUACUAGACUACCUUCAACACCACCACCAACAACAACAACAACAAGAACAUCAUCAUCAUCAUCCUAGGACAAACAUGUAUCCUUAUUAUAUUCCAGGAAUCAUGAGCCAAACCCCCCAAGUAUUUCAAAACAACUUUUCCCAAGUUCAAAUGGGCAUGUUGCAACAACAACAAUACAACCCCCACCAUAUGAUUCCAUCAUUCCCAUUUUACCCUUAUGGCACUUGCAUUCAGCCGGGCCAAAUACAAGGUUGGCCUUCUUCAUAUGGACAUUCAUCAUCAUCUAAUAUUGCUGUUUCUGCUGCUGUUCCUGAAGGAAAAGUAGUUAAAAUUGAUAGAAGGGAAGCUGCUUUAAUAAAGUUUAGACAGAAGAGGAAAGAAAGGUGUUUUGAUAAGAAGAUUAGGUAUGUGAAUCGAAAACGAUUAGCAGAGAGGCGACCUAGGGUAAAAGGACAGUUUGUUAGGAAGAAGGGUAGUAAUGGGAUUGGUUUGGAUCUUAAUGGCCAGCCUACUUCUGUUGAUAUUGAUGAAUAUGAAGACGAUGAGGAGGAAGACUGUGCUGUAAUGGAUUCAUCACCCGAAGGGCUGUAAAAGCCAUGACAUUAUUACCCCUCCAAAACCAUACACACCAAUGAGAAAUGAUUGUCGAUUGAAGGCAAAACAAAAUGUGGCAAAAUCCUGUCUUUGUGUUCAACCAUCUCUACGACAGCUGAGGAAUUCAGAAGAAAAAAAUUGUAUGUGGUGUUUAGUUAAAUACUUUAUCUGAUGAUAUGUUAGAAGAAGCUCUUUCUGUUUUUUCUCCCAACCAUCAACCUCCCAUUGUAUGUGCUAUAACUGCUCUCUGUAUUACAUUGUCAUUUUCACUCUCACAGUCUUUAUAUAACAAAAACCAAACCCAUAAUUAUGUAGUCUUUUUUCACUUUUUUCUUUGGUAAUCAUAUCACUUUGGUCAAUCUUCUC